AUGAGAGGAGAGAGGCAGUGGGUAUGCGUUUUACGGGUGAGAUGGGAAAGAGACGAAGAUACGCACGCUUUCGAGUUUAAUCACCUCUUAUUACCUUCGCUCAAAAUGGUCUUUGUCAAACUUUCUGCGCUCCCAGUGCUCCUCCUCGCUGUCUCUUCCAUGGCAGCUCCGGCUCCUCAGGUCGACGAUAAUGCUGCUACAAGCAGUUCAGCUGCUGCCGGCAGCGCCGCUGGCAACCUAGACAACGCAAACGCUGCCGCAGCUGCAAGUGCGAGCGGUAGUUCCACUGCAGGUGCUCCAGCUGUUGUCGGCGCUCCCGCUGUUAGCGGUGCUCCCGCUGUUGUUAGCCCCAAUAUUGGUUACUGCACCUUCAGCACCGCUGGGGUACUCAUCCCAGCCGGUGUGCCGAGUGUCUCUCCCGUCACCAACCAAGUGGCAGUCCCCGUACCUCCAGUCGUCAACGAAGCGGGCGCCGUCGACCUUGACGCUCUGACCAAGCGUGAGCAAAACCAGAACAUCAACCAGAACAUAAACAACAACCAAAACACUAAUGCCGACUUUGGUGGUGAUGGCUUUGGAGGGUUCGGAAGGUUUGGCGCGUUCUCGCCUUUUGGCUUUGGGUUCUUCAAGCGCGACGAGAGCUCUGCCACAAUGCAGAAGCGCGAUCGCGACUUUGGUGGUGAUGAUGACAAUGAAAACGAAAACACAAACAUCAACCAGAACCUCAACAACAAUGACAACAACAACUUUGGCUUCAAUGGGGGAUUCGGAAACGGAUUUGGCGGAUUUGGCGGGUUUGGAUUCUCCCCCUUCUUUGGAGGAUUCAGGCCCGGCUUUAGAUUCGGAAACGGCUUCUUCAAGCGUGAUCUGUUUGGCGACGACUUCGACGGCGUCGGUAACUCGAACGUCAACCUAAACACAAACACAAAUACCAACACCAACACCAACGAUAACUUUGGUCUUUCCGGAAACGGCUAUGGCUUCGGCAAUGGCUUCGGCUUCGUACCCCGCUUCGGCGGCUUCGUACCCGGCUUCGGCGGUCUCGGCGGUCUUGGGUUCGGAAACCGCUUUGGUGGUGGUUAUAUCCGUGCCGCCGAGGACCGUGGAUGCUAUGAGGGCAACUGCGAUGACGGCGACAACUCGAACGUCAACAUCAACAACAACGCCAACACCAACACCAACGCCAACUUCCUCGGUAAUGGCUUUGACGGUUACGGUGGUUACGGUGGCUAUGGCGGAUUUUACAAGCGUGGUGAGGAGGGCGUCGAGGGCUUCGAGGGCGCCGAGGGCACUGAGGGCGGCGACGACGAUGACGGCGGCAACGAGAACAUCAACAACAACAACAACGCCAACACCAACACAAACGCGAUCGGGAACGGCUUCGGAGGCUAUGGUGGCUACGGCGGCUACGGCGGCUACGGCGGAUUCUACAAGAGGCAGUACAUGGACAACACCAUGUCGCAGCCCAGCAGGAACGGCAUCUCCGACCAGAACACACCCAAGAACAUCAACAACGUCGGCUCCCAGGGAAAGAUGAACAACAGCCAGCCAAAGAACACAAAGUACAACAGCGCCUCGAAGUCGAACAAGAAGAACAGCAAGAACUACGGUAAACAGCAGGGUAACCAGAAGCGCCAGGUCGUCGACUCAACCGCGGGCGCUGCUGCCGCUGCCGGAGCUGUAGCUGGGGCCGCCACUCUUCCGGCUAAGGUUGGGUUCGUUGUCUGCAAAUACAACCCUACCACCGACCUUUAUAUUCAGGCAUAA